AUGCUCGUUCAUUUAAUCGUUCAACGAUGUGACGAAUGGACUCGCGAAGCGUGGGAGUUAAAAUUAGGCAAUACCACGGAGUAUCCAUCCUACGCCGAAUUAGAGGGUUUUCUUGCUGCGCGCAUCCGCGCAUUCGAAAAUAUUCUUCCGGUCAAUUCAAGUAAACAACGAAAACAUGCGAGCAAAUCAUCGGUUCAAAGUCACGCGGCGAGCGCAACAACAUCGCAAUGUUCCGCGUGCAAACAAACUCAUAUGCUCACCUCCUGUCCGGAAUUUCAAAGCAAAACGGUCGCUCAGCGACGUCAAAUCGUUACUAAGGCUCAGCGAUGUUUUAAUUGUCUCAGCGCGCGACAUUCGACGACCGAAUGUCACAGCAAAUAUACAUGCCGCCAAUGUCACCAGAAACAUCAUACGAUGUUGCAUGAGUCAACCGCGGUGACUUUAGUCGCUACGAGCGAACCUUCACCCACGACUAGCUCGACUGAUACCUCUCAUCAGCACAACGUCGCGUCACAUCUCGUUUCGAAUUCUCUAUUCAACAAGUCACGAAUCUUGCUCGCUACGGCGCGAAUUCAAGUGAGCUCUUCGGGCCGCAAGGAAGUCGUCCGCGCGUUAUUGGAUCAGGGUUCGGUGACCAGUCUCAUCACCGAGACUCUCGCGCAACGCUUGCGCGCGACUCGAUCGCGAGUCGCAGUCUCUAUAACUGGAAUCGGGGGCGCCGCGUCGACCGCGCGACACGCCGCUACGAUUGCCGUUUCUCCGCGCUUCGGCUCCGAGCCAUCGUACUCGACGGCGGCUCUCGUAUUACGUUCGCUAACGAAAUACAUUCCACCUCACGCGCAGAAUGUUAACUCGAUCGCUCAUCUGCGUGAUCUGGAAUUAGCGGAUCAUAAUCCAUCGAGCGCCGAUCCGAUCGAAAUGAUCAUUGGAGCUGAUCUCUACGGGUCGAUUCUGCGCCCGGGGCUGCGCUCGAGUUCAUCGAGCGAGCCAACCGCGCAGAAUACAAUAUUCGGUUGGAUCAUUUCCGGUCCUCUUGGGAAUACUGAUUCGCACCCCGUAUCGGUGUCGGUUAAUCACACGUCGGUGACCUCUCAGCUCGACCAAGAGCUCCGACGUUUUUGGGAGAUCGAAGAACUUCCGAAAAGUACCUAUCUCACGCCCGAAGAAAUUCGCUAUGAAGCUCAUUUUCAAGCCACGCAUGCGCGUAACGCGAUGGGUCAACACGUCGUCCGAUUGCCAUUCAAAUUGAGCACUCCGUUAAAUAUCGGUGAGUCGCGCGCAUCCGCCCUUGCUGUCAUGUCGCGGCUCGAAAAUCGUAUGCGAUCUAAACCGAACCUCGAAUACCGGGACUUCAUGCGCGAAUACGAAGCUCUCGGGCAUAUGGAGAAGGCUUCAGAAACUCCUGCGCCUUCUCAGACAUAUUACAUCCCGCAUCACGCAGUCAUUCGCGAGCACAGCAGCACGACGCGCCUGCGCGUUGUAUUUAACGCGUCUAAUCCGACGUCGAAUCGGUCGUCGCUAAACGAUCAUCUCAUGAUCGGGCCAAAGUUGCAAACCGAUUUGCGCGAGGUUAUAAUGAGAUGGCGACAGUAUCGUUACGUGUACACGGCCGAUAUCGCCAAAAUGUAUCGGCAGAUCAUCGUCGACUCACGCGACGCUGAUUACCAGCGGAUACUGUGGCGAUCAUCACCGUCCGAACAACUGAAUGAGUAUCGGUUACUCACAGUCACGUACGGUACAGCAUGCGCUCCCUAUCUCGCGCUUCGCGUAGUCAAGCAGCUCGCUCUCGAUGAGGGCAAGUCCUUUCCGCUCGCGGUCCCGGUCCUGCGCGACCACAUUUACGUGGACGACUGUAUCUUUGGCGCGGAUGAUCAGCCCCUCGCGCGGCACAUCCGGAAUCAGGUUACCGCACUUCUCGCCCGGGGUGGUUUCCUAUUGCGCAAAUGGGCCAGUAAUUGUCCCGCAUUACUCGCCGAUCUCGAUCCGAGCGAUCACGGCCUCGCUCAAACUAAGGCGCUUCAAGAAGACGCUAACUUCAAAGUGUUGGGUAUCGCGUGGGCUCCCCACACCGAUGCGUUUCAUUUCGCAGUUCAACUAUCGCCAUCCCCACCGGUUACCAAGCGGUCAAUCUUAUCGAUGAUCGCGAAGCUCUUCGAUCCAAUGGGGUGGCUCACUCCCGUGAUCAUUACUGCCAAAAUCAUGAUUCAAAAACUAUGGGCAGUCAAAUGCUCAUGGGACGACCGCAUUCCCGAUAGCGUUAUGCAACAGUGGAUCGCAUAUUAUUCACAACUCGCUCUUAUCAAAGAGAUAUCGCUACCGCGAUGGAACGACUACGGCCCGGACAUCGCGUAUUGCGAACUGCACGGAUUCGCCGACGCCUCGUGCACCGCGUAUGCCGCUGUAGUAUAUCUGAAAGUAGUCUCUCUCGCUGGCGCCGUUGCCGUAUCACUGGUAACCGCGAAAUCGAAAGUCGCCCCUAUCAAGCCUCUUACUAUUCCUCGGCUGGAACUGUCAGCCGCGGUUCUGUUAGCGAGAACCAUAUCAUUUGUGAAAUCGACACUGAAUAUCGCUAACGUAUCGUGCCACUGUUGGACGGACUCGACAGUGACUCUCGCAUGGCUUCGCCAUUCACCGUCGCGUUGGAAAACGUUCGUUGCGCAUCGCGUCAACGAAGUACAGACAACUGUCCCGGACGCCGUUUGGCGUCAUGUCGCGACUCAGGAAAAUCCCGCGGAUCCCGCGUCUCGUGGACUUUCCGUCUCAGCACUCAGGGCGACACCCCUAUGGUGGCACGGCCCUGAGUGGCUCAAGUUACCCGCGGAUCAAUGGCCAAACAGUCUUCAAGGACCGCUUGAAACUUCGCUUGAAGAACGUGCGAAUAUUGUAACGCAAACUCUUCAGGCGACUAGUCAUUGGGACUUGGCAUCGCCGGGCGUCGCUCCUAUUGGUGAAGCCAGCACGGCUUCCGACUCGCCGCCGCCUCACACACUGAUCGACGUGCGUGACUACGACCGCGCGCGAACAUUUUGGUAUCGGGUGAUACAAUCAGAGUUGUUUCCCGACGAGCUCCGUCGAUUAAGCGAGUCCAAGGCCGUACGGAAAUCAAGCAAGCUAAUCGCUCUCAAUCCGUUCUUGGAUGCGCGUGGUGUGAUUCGCGUUCGAGGCCGAAAAUCCGAGCUUCCCGAAAAGGCAAAAAAUCCAAUAAUUGUGGGGGCUCACCCACUUCUCACACUCAUUAUUCGCCACGCGCAUCUAAGUUCAUUACAUGCCGGCUGUCAACUGACACUGCAUGUACUGCGCGAAGAAUUUUGGAUACUUCGCGCUCGACAAACCGUUCGCGCGGUUUUAUACCAGUGUAUCCAAUGCACGCGUGAACGGGCGGCCGUACCGCAAGAAUUAAUGGGAGAUCUCCCCGAGAUGCGCAUUCGCCCCGUAUCACGCGCCUUCGUGCACUGCGGACUGGACUACGCUGGCCCUAUCAAUGUCCGCACGAACCCAGGUCGAGGAUACAAAUCUCGCAAAGCAUACAUCGCGAUAUUUAUUUGUAUGACCGUCCGCGCAGUUCAUCUUGAGCUCGUCAGCGAUUACACUACCGACGCGUUUCUCGCCACGUAUAAUCGGUUUUGCGCCAGACGCGGUCAACCGACCGAUAUCUACUCCGAUAACGCAAAAAACUUUAGGGGAGCUGAUCGCGAACUAACGGCGGCAUUGCAUGCCGUGAAAAGUGAUUCACGCAUCCGCGACAAGCUAUCGUAUGAUGGAGUCCGAUGGCACUUCAUUCCUCCGUCCGCGCCCCACUUCGGGGGCUUAUGGGAGGCCGGCGUUCGAAGCGUCAAGUACCAUCUUAAACGUGUCGUAGGCGCGCAUACGCUCACGUUUGAAGAGCUUACGACACUGCUCUGUCAAAUCGAAGCAUGCCUCAAUUCUCGUCCGCUUGCGUCAACUUCCGAAGUCAUAGAUGACUACUCUGCGCUCACUCCGGGGCAUUUCUUAAUAGGCAGUGCGAUAACCGCGGUACCAGCCCCCUCGCUACUGGAAAUUAAAGAGACCCGUCUUACGCGAUGGCAAUUGAUUAACCAAAUGCGGGAAGUCAUAUGGAAAGCAUGGUCCAAUGACUAUUAUAAUGAAUCUCCAUGGUUUGCAACAGCGUUCGAAGUGGCGAGUCGCUCGAAAUCUCGCCAGAGUCGGACGAGUCGUAUUAUUACGCGAUCCCCUCGCACCACCUUGUCGAUGGGAGCUCGGUCGCAUCGUAGAAUGCCACGCCGGCGAGGACGGACUUACCCGCGUUGUCACUGUCAAGACAGCUCGGUCUUCGUAUCAACGACCAAUCGUAAAGCUCUGCUUCCUACCGGUCGAUCUCGCGGAAGCGACCAACACGACUUCGUCAACCGAAGCAUCCCACAACGGGGAUCAUUAGCUGUAAAUAGAUUGUAA